AUGUUAGAUGAAAUUCAUAGACAAGAACGUGAAGAGAUGGAAAAGAAACUUCAAGCAAAAGAUGAAGUCAUUGAAGCAAAAGACAAAAACAUACAGAAAAGAAUACCACGUUCGGUACCAAAAGGAAAGGAAAAGAACUAUAAGUAUAUGAUUUACACUGAAGAGAUGGAAAAUGAAGAAGACAGAGAUAUGGUUAUGUUGCAUUUAGUCAGAAGAAACAACAAAAGCUUUUACGACCUUGCUAAGAUUUACAAAUCUGACAGAAAUUGGUUCUAUCGCGAAAACUUACCGAUUUCAAUGACACCGAAUGAAGAUGUGAAACAAAUAGUUCAAGAUACUUUACCUCAAACACACUAUGAUAUGAAAGGUUGUACAAUACUUACCUUCAAAGAAGAUUUGCCGCUACUGAAAGAAAAAAUAACAGAGUAUUUUGACAACUUCAAACAAGUAGAGUAA